CAAUCUACUUAAUAUGCAAGAUUUUCGCAAAAAGCUUAAUGUGGCGGCUGCAUUACGUCAACAACAGCAGCAGCAACAACAACAGCAACAUCACAACCAAAAUAUGGCGGUAUUUCCACAUCAUCAUCACCACCACCAGCAACCAGUAAGACCUCAUCAUCUGAUUAGCAAUUGGAAUCUAUUAAAUCCAGCCGGUUUCGGCCAAAGACCAGGAACACAUUUGCCACCACCUUUAAUGCAUAGUCCACAUGCCAUGGCACAAAUGCCACGCAAUCCAGCAUUAUUUAGUGGUUCACUUAUGGCACCCAGAUUCCAAACGCCACCGUUGCACAACAAUUUACCGUCCCAACAAUUCAAUACAACUGUUUCAGCAGCAAACACCAAUAACACCACACCAUUUGACUUUUACACCAGCAACAAAAUCUUAAUGAAUCAAAUGCAAUAAAAGUAAUUCUGCAUUAUUUUAAAUAGCUGAAUGCAGCUGAAUGUUAUUUAUUAAAUAUAAAUUUAUAUAAAAACAUAUUCAGCUGCAAAAGGCAAUAAGGUAAAUUUAGGAUUUUUAUUAUUAAUUUUGGAAAAGCUUUUAUUUCUUGAAAAUAUUCAGCUAAAAUGGUUAAAUUGCUUUAAGUUUUUAUUAAAAUAUAUACAUACAAAAAAAUUUAUAAUACUCAAAUGCUGAAUUUACUAUAUAAUUUGCAAACAGAAAAAUCGCACUUAAAAGCGUACUUAAAUUAUUUUUUAUUACAAAAUUCAUGCCAAAUUUAUGUAAUACCAAAAAAAAAAAAAACACAAACAAAAGUAUUUUUUUGUAAAAUAUUUUAUUCUUAAACCUAACUUGUGCAGGCACAUUACACAUUUUUUACCCUUAAAUGAUUUUAUUAAUAAUUUUAAUUUUUAAAUUUUCGUUUCAAUCAAUUUCAUGUAAAUUUUUUUCUUUCAAACAUACAUUUUUAUUAAUGAAUUC